CCUCAUUUCAAACUCUUCAUUUGACGGUUGCCUCUCGACGUAGCUCGUCUUUCUUUAACCGUGACAGCAACUUUAAUGUAAUCUGUCACAGCGUUGCUUGUGGGUGUUAAAGAGGCACUUCUGAACUAUAACUUUACGUAGCCUGGUAAAGAAGAUGGCUUUACUGUUCUGCAAUGCCUUUUGGGGUACUGACUUUUCUGACCAAUCGGGUUAUGAAGCAAUAUUGCAGAGGUUACAGGAUGGCAGACACAUGUGCAAGGAUGUAGAAGAACUGUUGAAAAUGAGAGCACUAGCAGAGGAGAAGUACGGCCGAGAUCUGGUGGCAAUUGCUCGGAAGGCAGAAGGUCAAACCGAGAUUGGAACAUUAAAGGCCUCGUUUGACAAAUUAAAAGCAGAAAUUGAGAAGACAGGAAACCUGCACAUCCAACUAUCUGAAAGGAUAAAGGAGGAAGUUCAGAAAAUAGAGGCAUUUCGAGAGCGCCAGAGGGAACAGAGAAAAAAGCUUGAAGAGAUCAUUGAAAAACUUCAGAAGCCUAAAGUUCUGUUGCACAAGAAGACCAUGGAGUCAAAAAGGUUAUAUGAGCAGAGGUGUAAAGAGGCAGAAGAGGCUGAGCAAGCAGUGGGGAAGAAGACAAAUGUGACCACCUCCACCCACCGGCAAUCAGAAAAGGUGAUGAGCAGGGCGCGGUUAUGCAGGCAGGCAGCCAACCUUUCAGAAAAGCAAUUCAAAUGGAAUGUUGAUCAACUAGAAAAAAUGUGCCAGGAGUGGGAGAGCACAUACAGGAGUGUGUGUGAGGUGUUCCAGCAGCAGGAGUCUGAGCGCAUUAAUAUCUUGCGCUGUGUGUUAUGGGAUCAUUGCAAUCUGCUGUCCAUGCAGUGUGUCCAUGAUGAUGACUGCUAUGAGGAAGUGAGAAAGGUUUUAGAGCAGUGUGACAUCAUCACUGACAACAACUGCUUCAUUAAAAUGAAAAAGACAGCCUGUCGUCCUCCAGCUCUCAUUGAGUUUCAGAGUUACUCUGAAUUGGAAGCUAAUGGAGGAGUCAGGAGAGUUGAAACAAAGAGAUUAUCUGUAAUGCUUCCAGGGAUGUCUUUCAGUGGGUUAUCUGAUGCAGGCAGUAAUUCAGCUGGAUCAUACACAUCUGCUCAACAAACAGGAGGAGGACCUGAGAAGUACAUGGUGUUAUAUGAUUUUAAAGCUCAGGAAGAUGAUGAGCUGUCUAUCAGUAAAGGACAGCUUGUUACCAUCACUGAGAAAGGCAAGGAUGGGUGGUGGACAGCAUCGAGGGAUGGAAUAUCCGGACUAGUCCCUGGAACGUACCUCACCAAAAUCUCAGCGAGUCACAGUCCACGUCUUGCUGCAGCUCAUCCUGAUCAUAAUCCAGUCAAAUAGAGUUUAGUGAAAGUGACGUGACAUACAGCUAAGUAUGGUGACGCAUACUCAGAAUUCGUGCUCUGCAUUUAACCAAUUUAAAGUGCACACACACAGCAGUGAACACACACACACCGUGAACACACACUCGGAACAGUAGUAGUCAUUACACUAAGUCCAGUUUUUGCAUGGUGUAUAGUUAAAAAUGAUACAACAAAAAGUUAUAUGAUUUGCAUUAGAAUUAUGAAUUCUAAAGUUUUAUUUUUUACAUCUUUUAAUGUCUGUACUGUAAUAUAUAAAAAUAUAACACUGUAAUGUAUACAUUUGUUAUUAUCAAUUUUGUAAUAUAUUGCUAUAUUUUAUCAUAGCUUAUUUGUCUGCUAAAUAUUGUAAUCUGCAUGUUCACUCAGUAAUACAUAUACUCAUAAUAUAUAUAAACACAAGUGGAUGCAAUUAAUACUAAAAUGAAACAAUUAAAUUAGUCAACAAAUAAUAAUAAACAAUUCUGAGAGUGAACUGGGUAUCCAAAGUGAUUCUCUGCCUGCAGGCUAUUUCAAACACACACCAAAUAAAGGCACAGAAAUAUGCAAACAUCUGUUCUCCUUCAGACAAAAAAGGUACAAAGCUGGGAGCGGUGCCUAAAGGUAGAACACCUAUAAUGGAAGUUACUUUGAGAGAAAAAAUUAAACCCUGCAGCUCCUGAUGAAACACUGAUUUGUAAAGACAAAACGAUCGGUCUGUGCAAAAAACAGAAGUAUUUAUAUCGCAAUGUCUGAACUGUCCUGAACGCGUUUCUUCUUCUUCAGCCUUCGUGUGAUGCAUCUUCUUCUUGCUUUACAGCGGAUCACAGACUUAUAAAUGCAUAACCACCACCUAUCUCUCAAGCACUGACACACUGACACUCUUGGUGUGUUCCAAACAGGAUAUAUCGCCUUUCGAAGGGCACUUCAGAAAGGGUCAUUCAAAAUGGAAGUGAUCAAAACUGGCCACUUCAAAGGGUACAACUGAUGGACACUUUGGGCUCCCAUGAUCUUUUGUGCCAAUUCUUUACAUAAUGACAGCACCUCCAUGUGGGCACCAGAUGAUGACGCAGAGGGACACUUCAAGAAACAGUUGUUCGGUCCCCUACACCCUUCGACCCUUAAUAGCUCUCACUCCAGAGGGUAAACCCUUUGAAGGGAUUAGGGCAUAGGAAUGAGUCCUUCCGAACUGAACGUAGGUUCCAUUUACAAAGUCUGCCGUAAAGAAAAAGAAGAAGAUGCCUCACAUGCAGGCUGAAAAAGAAGAGUGAACACAUUCAGGACAUUGCAGUGAAAAUAAGGAUAUAUUUUAGAGAUAAAAACGAUAUAAAUACUGUUCAGUUUCUUGCACAGACUGAUCGUUUUGUGUCUAUACACAUCAGUGUAUCAUCACGAGCCGCAGGGUUUAAAUUGAUUUUGUAUGUGUAUUUUUUUUUUACUCUCAAAGCCGUGAUUCCUACCCACUUCCAUUAUAAAACUGACAGACUGUAAUAGUUUCAUUUAAAAA